AUGGACUCAGCAAUCACAGCUCCUGAUCAAGCUCAACGUCGCUUUAAAGCUAUUCACGGCCACCUCACCGCCGCCGCUGCACAAGAUGAGUCUCCACCUCAACUCCGGGACAACCACACCGCUGGAGAGUUCUUCUAUGGUAUGGGUCAGGAAUUCAUGCGGUGGAGUGAGAGUUGGAAGAGUGUCCUUGGACUUUGCCUUAAGUUGGUCAAGGAGCAGGGGUACAGUGUUGUGCUUCCAGAGAAAUUGCAAACAGGAAAGUGGAAUGUAUACAGGUCUGCUCGCUCCCCUUUACAGCUUGUGAGUAGAUUUCCUGAUCAUCCUGAAAUUGGUACACUGCACGAUAAUUUUGUGCACGCAGUUGAAACUUUCCGGGACUAUAAAUAUCUGGGCACACGAAUUCGUAUUGAUGGAACAGUUGGAGACUACAAAUGGAUGACUUACGGAGAAGCAGGUACUGCACGAACUGCGAUAGGUUCUGGCUUAAUAUACCAUGGAAUACCUAAGGGAUCUACUAUUGGAUUGUAUUUUAUCAACAGACCAGAAUGGAUGAUUGUCGAUCAUGCCUGCUCUGCAUACUCUUACAUAUCUGUUCCUUUAUAUGACACACUUGGUCCUGAUGCUGUCAAGUUCAUUGUAAAUCAUGCUGUUGCACAUGCUAUAUUCUGUGUACCUGAAACAUUGAAUUCGUUAUUGAGCUUCUUGUCUGAGAUUCCAUCUGUGCAUCUAAUUGUGGUAGUCGGAGGAAUAGAUGAUCAAAUGCCAUCUCUUCCAUCGUCAACUGGAGUUCAGGUUGUGACAUAUUCAAAACUGCUGAGUCAGGGUCGCAGUAACCUCCAGCCCUUUCGUCCACCAAAACCUGAGGAUAUUGCUACCAUUUGCUACACAAGUGGUACAACUGGAACACCAAAGGGAGUUGUAUUGACCCAUGGAAACUUUAUUGCAAGUGUUGCUGGGGUCACUCUUUCUACUUCAUUCAGCUCAUCAGAUGUUUUCAUAUCAUAUUUGCCUUUGGCACACAUUUAUGAACGGGCUAACCAGGUCAUGUUGGUGCAUUGUGGAGUUGCUGUUGGAUUCUACCAGGGGGAUAAUAUGAAAUUAAUGGAUGACAUGGCUGCCCUUCGACCCACUAUAUUCUGCAGUGUUCCUCGGCUCUACAAUAGAAUAUAUGCUGGGAUUACAAAUGCUGUGAAAGCAUCUGGUGGGUUAAGGGAGAGGUUAUUCAAUGCUGCUUAUAAUGCUAAGAAGCAAGCACUACUGAAUGGGAGGAAUGCGUCUCCAAUGUGGGACAGACUGGUGUUCAAUAAGAUUAAGGAAAGACUUGGAGGGCGAGUUCGUUUAAUUGUGUCAGGUGCUUCACCGUUGUCUCCUGAUGUGUUGGAGUUCUUGAAGAUCUGUUUUGGUGGACGGAUAACUGAAGGAUAUGGAAUGACUGAGACGACUUCUCCUAUAUCUGCUAUGGAUGAGGGUGACAACCUCAAUGGCCAUGUUGGUUCUCCUAACCCAGCUUGUGAAAUAAAGCUUGUGGAUGUUCCAGAAAUGAACUACACAUCUGAUGAUAAGCCAUAUCCUCGUGGGGAAAUCUGUAUAAGAGGUCCAAAUGUUUUCCAAGGCUAUUACAAAGAUGAAGAACAGACGAGAGAAGUAAUCAAUGAAGAUGGAUGGUUUCAUUCUGGGGAUAUAGGAUUAUGGCUACCUGGAGGCCGUCUAAAGAUUAUUGAUAGAAAGAAGAACAUUUUUAAGCUGGCACAAGGAGAGUACAUAGCUCCAGAGAAAAUAGAGAAUGUUUACGCUAAAUGCAAGUUUAUUGCCCAGUGCUUUGUCUAUGGGGACAGCCUAAAUUCUUAUUUGGUAGCUGUUGUUUCAGUAGACCACGAUGUGUUGAAAGCAUGGGCUGCUUCUGAAGGCAUUAAGUAUGAAAAUUUAGCACAACUGUGCAAUGAUCCUAGAGUCAAGGCUGCUGUGCUUGCAGACAUGGACGCUGUCGGAAACGAAGCUCAGCUGCGAGGUUUUGAAUUUGUAAAAGCCGUGACACUGGUGCUAGAACAAUUUACAGUAGAAAAUGGUCUUCAGACCCCAACAUUUAAGGCAAGUGCUCAGCGACAGCUUCUCACCGUGCUUAUUGACUUUCAGAUUAAGAGACCUCAGGCAAAGGCAUACUACGAGAAAGCAAUAUCAAAUAUGUAUGCGGAACUGGCUGCAUCUGAUCCUUCUUCCAAGAAGGUGUUGUGA